GGGCGGGCCCGAAGCCGCGGCCUCGCCUCCGCAGCGCCGGCCGCUCCCGCCGCUCCGCGGCCUCCCGGAGACACGCCGCCAUGCUGCAGAAGCGGGAGAAGGUGCUGCUGCUGAGGACCUUCCAGGGCCGCACGCUGCGGAUCGUGCGCGAGCACUACCUGCGGCCCUGCGUGCCCUGCCACAGCCCGCUCUGCCCGCAGCCAGCCGUCUGCAGCCACGAUGGGAAACUCUUGUCUAGUGAUGUGACUCAUUACGUGAUCCCAGACUGGAAAGUUGUUCAAGAUUAUCUUGAGAUCCUUGAGUUUCCUGAAUUGAAGGGAAUUAUUUUCAUGCAAACAGCUUGUCAAGCAGUGCAGCAUCAAAGAGGCCGGAGACAGUAUAACAAACUGCGAAACCUGCUGAAGGAUGCGCGUCAUGAUUGCAUUCUCUUUGCUAAUGAGUUCCAGCAAUGCUGCUAUCUGCCGCGGGAAAGAGGAGAGUCCAUGGAGACGUGGCAGACCAGGAGCAUAUACAACGCAGCUGUUUGGUACUAUCAUCACUGCCAGGACAGGAUGCCAAUUGUUAUGGUGACAGAAGAUGAAGAGGCAGUUCAGCAGUAUGGAAGUGAAACAGAAGGAGUAUUCGUGAUUUCUUUCAAGAAUUACCUGGACAAUUUCUGGCCUGAUUUAAAAGCUGCCCACGAGCUUUGUGAUUCUAUCCUUCAGUCUCGACGGGAGAGAGAGAACGAGAGUCAGGAGAGCCACGGGAAGGAGUACCCAGAACAUCUUCCUCUGGAAGUGUUAGAAGCUGGGAUUAAAUCUGGACGCUAUAUCCAGGGAAUUCUGAAUGUCAACAAACACAGAGCCCAAAUAGAAGCUUUUGUUCGACUUCAGGGAGCCAGCAGUAAAGAUCAGGAUUUAGUCAGUGACAUCCUAAUCCACGGGAUGAAGGCUCGAAACCGCUCGAUUCACGGAGAUGUGGUAGUUGUGGAGCUGCUCCCUAAAAAUGAGUGGAAAGGAAGAACCGUAGCCCUGUGUGAGAAUGACUGUGACGACAAGGCUUCGGGCGAGUCCCCAAGUGAGCCCAUGCCUACAGGUCGAGUGGUGGGCAUACUUCAGAAGAACUGGCGGGAUUAUGUGGUGACAUUUCCAUCCAAAGAAGAGGUCCAAUCUCAGGGCAAAACUGCUCAGAAAAUCCUGGUUACACCUUGGGAUUACAGAAUUCCCAAAAUUCGAAUCAGCACUCAGCAAGCAGAAGCCCUCCAGGACUUCAGGGUGGUCGUGCGCAUUGAUUCUUGGGAGUCAACAUCUGUGUAUCCAAAUGGACAUUUUGUGCGUGUUUUAGGAAGAAUUGGAGAUCUGGAAGGCGAAAUUGCAACCAUCCUGGUGGAAAACAGUAUUUCAGUCAUCCCUUUCUCAGAAGCUCAGAUGUGUGAGAUGCCAGUAAACACACCAGAAAAUCCCUGGAAAGUGAGUCGUGAAGAGGAACAAAAACGUAAAGACUUGAGGAAAAGCCAUCUCGUAUUCAGCAUUGACCCCAAAGGUUGUGAAGAUGUGGAUGACACACUCUCAAUCAGAACCUUAAAUAAUGGCAACCUGGAACUUGGGGUCCACAUCGCAGAUGUAACACACUUUGUGGCACCAAAUUCUUAUAUUGAUAUUGAAGCUAGAACAAGGGCCACCACUUAUUAUCUAGCAGAUCGUCGCUAUGACAUGCUGCCUUCCGUCCUCAGUGCCGAUUUGUGUUCCCUUCUGGGAGGCGUUGAUAGGUAUGCUGUAAGCAUCAUGUGGGAACUGGAUAAAACCUCUUAUGAAAUUAAGGAAGUGUGGUAUGGCAGAACCAUUAUUCGAUCAGCAUACAAACUGUUCUAUGAAGCAGCCCAAGAACUACUGGAUGGAAAUUUUAGUGUUGUUGAUGAUAUUCCAGAAUUCAAAGACUUGGAUGAGAAGAGCAGACAAGCCAAGCUGGAGGAGUUAGUGUGGGCAAUUGGAAAGCUGACCGACAUAGCUCGCCAUGUCAGAGCUAAACGAGACGGAUGUGGUGCCCUGGAACUGGAAGGGGUAGAGGUUCGCAUACAGCUAGAUGACAAAAAAAACAUUCAUGACCUCAUCCCCAAGCAGCCCCUGGAAGUCCAUGAGACAGUGGCUGAAUGCAUGAUCCUGGCCAACCACUGGGUCGCCAAGAAGAUCUGGGAGAGCUUCCCUCAUCAGGCCUUGCUGCGCCAGCACCCUCCUCCACACCAGGAGUUCUUUUCAGAACUCCGGGAAUGUGCUAAAGCCAAAGGCUUCUUCAUAGAUACACGGUCCAAUAAAACACUGGCUGAUUCUCUGGAUAAUGCGAAUGACCCCCACGAUCCCAUUGUGAACAGGCUGCUGCGCUCCAUGGCCACGCAGGCCAUGUCCAAUGCUCUGUAUUUCUCCACGGGAUCCUGCGCGGAGGAGGAGUUCCAUCAUUACGGUCUUGCAUUAGAUAAAUAUACCCACUUUACUUCUCCAAUAAGAAGAUAUUCAGAUAUUGUAGUACACCGCUUGUUAAUGGCAGCCAUUUCAAAAGAUAAGAAAAUGGAAAUUAAGGGAAAUUUGUUCAGCAACAAAGAUCUUGAGGAAUUAUGCAGACAUAUCAACAACAGAAACCGAGCAGCACAGCAUUCUCAGAAGCAGUCUACUGAGCUCUUCCAGUGCAUGUACUUCAAAGACAAAGACCCUGCCACCGAGGAGCGUUGCAUAUCUGAUGGAGUUAUUUAUUCAAUUCGAACAAAUGGUGUGCUUGUAUUUAUACCCAGGUUUGGGAUUAAAGGUGCUGCUUAUCUAAAAAAUAAAGAUGGUUUAGUCAUCUCAUCUGGCCCAGAUAGCCGUUCUGCAUGGAAACCAGGAUCCCUUCAACGAUUUCAAAACAAAAUUACCUCUACUACAACAGAUGGGGAAUCUGUUACGUUCCAUUUGUUUGACCAUGUAACCGUAAGAAUAUCCGUACAGGCCUCACGUUGCCAUUCUGAUACAAUCAGACUUGAAAUAAUUAGUAACAAACCAUACAAGAUACCAAAUACAGAACUUAUUCAUCAGAGCUCCCCUUUGCUGAAGAGUGAGUUAGUGAAAGAAGUAACUAAAUCUAUGGAAGAAGCUCAGCUUGCCCAAGAGGUCAAAGUAAACAUCAUUCAGGAAGAAUAUCAAGAAUAUUGCCAAACAAAGGGAAGGAGCCUAUACACACUUCUAGAGGAGAUACGGGACCUAGCUCUCCUGGAUGUUUCAAACAAUUAUGGAAUAUGAAAGGCCCUUACUUCACUAAGAGCUGUCAUAUGUGAAUGUUUUACAGUCUUUUCAAACUUAACAUUUAAUGUGUGUCACUCAGUGCUCUAGUUGAUCAAGACUGGGUAACUAUUUCACAUAUAUGUAAAAUGUUCUCAGCCGGGCAUGGUGGCUCAUGCCUGUAGUCCCAGCUACUUGGGAGGUGGAAGCAGGAGAACUGCCUGAACCCAGGAGGAAGAGGUUGCAGUGAACUGAGAUCACACCACUGCAUUCCAGCCUGGGCAGCAGAGCAAGACUCCAUCUCAAAAAAAAGUUCUCUCAUUCAUUGAAGUUGCAUUAAAUAAAGUAUAAUUAGGUCACUAUGGAAACUGAGUUUUCAGUAAUGAAUGGACAGUUAAGUGGUGGCUCUGCAGAUUGCUAGCCCCUUUCUAAUAGUUUAAUAAACCCAAAAUUAUUGGUUA